CCCGAGACCAGCGGCCAGCGCCGACCAGACAGAAUCCUCGUCGCAAAACACGCACGCGCUCCCCACCUCGUCCCGCCGCGCCGAUCCAGCCCGGGCGCUCGGCCUCGCGCGGCGCGCGCGAUGGCCCUCGACACAGCCGAUGCGCCGCCAUCGGGGCCCGACGCCAGCGCCGCCGUGCGCCCGCUCCUCCCCGACGCCGCCGCCGCCGCCCCCGCCCCCGCCCCCGCCCCCGCCGCCGCGGGCGGGGAGUCAGCGGAGGAGCUGGACGCCAGGUACGCGCCCUACGCGCGCCGGGACGCGUACGGGACCAUGGGCCGCCGCCCGCUGGCCCCGGCGGAGGCGGCGCGGCUCGCGCUCGCGGCCGCCGUGCUCCUCCCGCUCCGCUUCGUCGCGGGGAUGCUCGUGCUGCUGCUCUACUACCUCGUGUGCCGCGUGUGCACGCUGUGCGUCGAGUCGGACCGGGGCCGGCCGCGGCUGGCGGGGUGGAGGAGGAAGGCGGUGCUGCGCUCCGGCUGCGCGCUCGCGCGGGCAAUGCUGUUCGUCUUCGGCUUCUACUGGAUCCGCGAGACUGACAAGAGGCUCCCUAGUAGUGUCGAGGAUGUAAAUCAAGAACUGCCUGAAGAAUUGGGAAGGCCAGGGGCAAUUGUGUCUAAUCAUGUGUCUUAUGUGGAUAUUCUUUAUCACAUGUCAGCUUCUUUUCCAAGUUUUGUUGCUAAGGAGUCAGUGUCCAGGUUGCCCCUAGUUGGUCUCAUAAGCAAGUGUCUUGGAUGCAUUUUUGUUCAACGAGAAUCGAAGUCUUCAGAUUCCAAAGGUGUCUCAGGUGCUGUAACUGAAAGGGUCCAGGAGGUUUGUCAAGAUAAAAAUACCCCAAUGAUGUUACUGUUUCCUGAGGGAACUACUACAAAUGGCGAUUACCUUCUCCCAUUUAAGACCGGAGCCUUUCUUGCAAGUGCACCAGUGCAGCCAGUCAUUUUGAGAUACCCUUACAGGAGAUUUAGUCCGGCAUGGGAUUCCAUGGAUGGAGCACGUCAUGUAUUUUUGCUCCUGUGCCAAUUUGUAAAUUACAUCGAGGUGGUUCGUUUACCUGUAUACUAUCCUUCUGAACAAGAAAAGGAAGAUCCUAAGCUCUACGCCAAUAAUGUCAGGAAACUGAUAGCAAUGGAGGGCAAUUUGAUUCUUUCUAAUCUUGGUCUGGCGGACAAGCGUGUGUACCAUGCAGCACUGAAUGGUAGGAAUCAACUUGGCGCUCAACAUCAGAAAGAUGAUUGAAAGCCCCUGCGGUUUUUUUUUUUUGGUAAACUGACAGCUGAGGCGUAUUUAAGAUGUAACUAUGUGCGGACUUUUAGUUUGCCAAGCGGCUCUUGCGUUCCUUGUUAAGGAGCAUGUUAAACACUGUCCUAAUACGACACUGUAAAAAGACAUUUGGUGUUAUAGUUUGAUAUGGUCUAAUUCAGAAACAGUUGCUGUUUGUUGUGGUC